AUGGUGCGCAUCGAAGAAGUACAAGACGAAUCGGAAAAGAUUAGGCAGGAGGGUCUUGCUGCUGGUCUGCACGACGAAGACGAGUGGGAAGAGGCCAGCGACUCGGAGUCGGAGGAUGACCUCUCGGAUGAUGAAGAUGAUGUCGAUGAGCGUGCCCUUGUCAUCGCUAAUGAAACGAUUUGGGACCGUAUUUGUGCGCUGAAGGAUAUCAUUUCGCCUUCUACGCGUGCUACGAUCGCCAAGACGUGGAACACCACUACUGCGUACGGCUACGCCGGUGGCUGGGUAGCAGGCAAGCUGAUUUGGAUCGGUGUUACUUCUGCUCUACUGGUUGGCCUUCCAUUCGCCUUGGCUGUUGAAGAUGAGAGCCGCAUUGCUGCGCAGGAGAAGGACAUGAUCGCCCAGCAGCAGGGUGCGAACGGUACUGCACAGGGUAACAACCCGCUGGCGCCGCCAGCUGCCGUGUCGGGUCAGUCGCAGGGCCUUCGCCCGCCUGGCUUCUAA